GAGAGAGAGAGAAGCAAUUGUUUUUAAGGCUUGGUGUUGUACAAUAUCGAAUCAAUCAUGGUUUAAAGAGAAGCCAAACAUCCUCAGCACACAUUUGACUAUUAAUUGAAUUAAUACCGCAAAUCCGAACAUAAAAGCUAUUUUCUUUUUCUCUCUCUUUUUUUUUUCUCUAUGUCGCGUAUUACUUUCUAUGACCUUGAACUUUUGGCCAAACCAGGCUUGGUAUGGUCACCUAAUACUUGUAAGACACGCUUUGCUUUAAACGUCAAGGGUAUUCCCUAUGAUACAAAAUGGGUUGACUUUGGUAGCAUGAAGACAAUUAUUCCCUCCCUUACUAAACAAGAUAAAAGACCUACUGUGCCUAUUAUUAUUGACUCAAAAAAUGAGCAAGUCAUUGACGAUUCAUUGAAUAUUGCACACUAUCUCGAGAAAGAGUUUCCUGAAAACAGUCUUUUUCAUGGCAACAUUGCAAAACCUUUUUUUCCUAUUUUUAAGCUGGCCAUCCUCAAGAUUCAUAAAUCAGUAGGUCCUCAAGAACUCCAAGACUGGUUUAAAGAAGACCGUGAAGCUAAAUAUGGUGUUUCUUUGGAACAAGUAGCAGGUGACCGAGAAGCAAAUAUCGCUUCAUUAAAGCAAGGAUUGACUUCCAUUGUUCAACUCUUGAAAGAAUUCCCAUUUAUUACGGGUGAUCAAGUUGGUUGGGCUGAUGUUGUCUUUAUGUCCCAUCUUGUCUUUUUAGAGGCUCUUGAGCCUGAGUUAUUUGAGUCUGCUGUAUUGAAUGUAUUUGGUUCAUCAGAUGAUACGCUCAAAUCUUAUUGGACACGCACUGAAAAGUAUCGUAAAAUUAUACCUUCCUCAAGUCUUUAAUAAAGUUUUUCACCUUGCACAGACGCG